AGUUCUGCUGCGGAAGAGGGAUGCGAAGGAGAUGGCUGAAUUUAGAUAGCCCUGUGUUUGAGAUUAUCUUCACCAUGGACCUUCUUCGGAGGAAAGAGGGCAGCAGAGGACGAGUACUGCUCGCAGUAGUGUUUGGGUGGUGUUUAGGGUCUGUGAGCUGUUUCGGACAAAACCUAGACAGCGAGUUGACGUUUCUGCUGCAAGCCGGAAAGUCCGAGUGUUUCUUUCAGACAGCAAUAAAGAAUGGGACGAUGGAGGUCGAAUAUCAGGUAAUAUCAGGUGCGGGUAUGGAUGUCGACUUCACCAUCAUCUCUCCAGAAGGUGUCCAUCUCAUCUUCGAGUCUCGACGCUCCGACGGAGUCCACGUGGUGGAGCCAACGGUGGAGGGAGACUACGAAAUCUGUUUUGACAACAGCUUCAGUCACUUCUCAGAGAAGAUGGUGUUCUUUGAGAUCAUCAUCGAGGGUCAAGCAGGAGAUGUGACUGGAGAUGAAGAGUGGCCGGGGCUGGAGGAGCCUGAUGGAAGUCUCCUGGAGUACAAGCUGGAUGACAUCAGGGAGUCCAUGGACUCUCUGCACAAACGCUUGGAGCGCAGCCGGCAGAUGCAGACGGUGUUGCGGGCUUUCGAGGCACGGGACCGAAACCUCCUGGAGGACAACCUGUGGAGGGUCUCCUUCUGGUCCUGCGCCAGUGUGCUGGUGAUGCUGUGUGUGGCACUUACCCAGGUCUACACCGUCCGUAAACUGUUCGACGAUAAGCGGAGGGUAUGCUCAUAGAGGGAUUCUUUUGAAGUGAUGAAAGGAGUCCUAUGAAAGAGAACAAUCCAAUACAAGACGUUCAGACUGUCCAAUAUACUGUAUUUCUUUUGGUCUACAUGAAGAGCCGCAUUCAACAUCGAUACAAAUCUUGUUUUUAUAUCAGUUUUUGAGCAAUAAUUCAAUGUUAUCAGAUCAUGAAGGUUAACCAGAGGAGGAAGUUGAUUGUUUUAAUUUAAUGCAGUGCCUUUAAUGUCAAAUGAUUCCACAAACCAAUGAGGAAAUACAUUUUAAAAGGCACAGUACACAGCUGUCAGUGGUGCAUGCUGUCCUAUGCUUCUGAAACUGGUUAAAGGUUUUUGGAAUCUUUUUUUAAAGGUGAUAAUCCUUGCUUAAGGUUAAAGGUAUGUUAAAUUACACGACUCUACAAGUGAUCAACAGAGCUCUUGGUCUGCUGGUUUACAAGGGAUAACAAUGUGCAAUAGUGUUGUUGGUGUAUUUGAUCUUCCUGGCAGUUUACGAUCUCUCCUUUAUUUUAGAGAUAUGUCCGUCUGACAAGGUGUUUCCUUGGUUACAGCCGUUUUGAUAGAGAUGUUACUGACUUCUUUUUUUACAGCUCGAGUCCAUGCAUAGAUGAUUUUAAGCGUGAUUGCCAAUAAUGUACAAUGUGUCAGUACGCUUCCAGAUGAAUAUGUAAUAGGUAUGUUUUUAUGUUGGUUCAGACAUGUAUCAGGAUUAUCAACAAACUGAAUGGUAGAUGUGUGUCUCUGUUUGCUUUUCUAGACUAUCCAACUUUCCUUUUCUGAGAUGUAUGUUUGUGUCAACAGAAUGUGACGUUUCGAUUCUGCUCAGACAGCCGCUGUGUUUUUUUUUUAUAAGAACAAGCUUUUAAUACACAUUUCAAUAGAAUAAGUACAAUUCAGGUUUACAUGGGGAUUAUUGAUAUCAAUAAAUGCAUUUUUUACACAGGAAA